AUGACAAAUAAUAUAAUUAUUAAAACAGAAUUACCUAAUGAACUUCAACAAUUUCUAAAUAAUAUCCAUCAACUUAGAGUUCAAUUAUUCCAUAUACGUACAGAUAUUAAUAUAUUAAAUGAAAAGUUAAUGAUUAUUCAACUUGAUGAUACUGAAGAAGAUUCUGAUCAAAAUAGUAUCAAACAACUUAUUAAUAAAUUAUGUAAAGAGUCAAUGAAAUUUGAAAAUGAAAUUAAAGAAAUAAAAAAGAUAAAUGAUCUUUCAAUAAAAAAAUUAUCAAAUGAAACAAUAGAUAGAAUUAAAAGAAAUCAUUUAAAUUCAUUAACUAUCCAAUUUGUUUCUUUGAUGAGACAAUACCAAAUUAUUCAAUUAGAUAUAAAAUCAUCACUUAAAAUGAAAGUUAUUAGAAAAAUGAAAAUUUAUAAUCCAUCUCUCAACGAUAAUAUGAUUGAAGAAAAUAUUGAAAAGAAAAAUAUUGAUAAUACUCUUACUCAACAAUUACAACAAAAAGAAGAUAAAAUAAUACUUAACUUUUUAGAAGAACGACAUAGAGAAUUAUUAUCAAUUAAUGAUGCAAUAGAAGAAAUUAAUGAAAUGUUUAUCAGUCUAGCUGUAUUAAUUGAAACACAAGGUGAAUUAGUUAAUUCAAUAGAAGAUAAUUGUAAUUUAAUAAAAGAAUAUACUAAACAAAUAAAUGAAGAAUUACAAAGAACUUAUCAUCUUAAAAAAAAAUUAGUAAUAAAAAUAGUUAUUUUCAUAAUUUUUAUUGUGAUUAUUCUUAUUUUAAUUCUUUGUAUUAUUGGAAUUCCAGUAGGAAUCUAUCUAAUGAAAAAAAACUAA